AUCAGGACUAUAGGGAGGAUGUUCCAGCACCUAAAAAGAAAAAAAUUAAUUGACGUAAUACGUUCAAACCUGCACAGCAGUGACUGGAGAGAUAGUGACAUCAUGCGAAAAGUGCAGAUGGGACAGUACGGCCAACAGAAGUUUUAAUAUAACUGGAAUUAUAAUUUUUAAGCUUAGGUGGCGUUUCAGCAUUGGCAUUGCAUUGUAAUCAAUGUUGAUUUACUAUGUCUGAAUCAAUAGAAACAAGAAAAAUGUCUGGAGAAUCAAUUUAUGACAAGGCUUAUCGUGGUAAAACCGGAGAGAUUAUAAAUUUAUUAAAGACCAAUGAACAAUUAAAAACAGCUAAGGACAAUAAUGAACGAAUGCUAAUACAUUGGGCAGCACUUGGAGGACAUGAUGAUUUAGUAAAAUUUUUAUUAUCUCUGGGUGUACCAGAGGACCCUACUGACGAUAUGGAUAUGACACCGUUAAUUUUGGCAGCAUCAGCAGCUCGUGAAGAUGUUGUCAAGACACUACUUACUGAGGGUGCAAAUGUUAAUGCUAAAACACGAGAGGGUCAUUCGGCGUUACAAUAUGCGGCAUCAAAAAACUGGAAAUCCAUUUGCGUUGCACUGUUAGAAAAAGGUGCCGAUAUUAACAUCGCAGAUUAUCGUAGUGCUACACCACUGCAUAGAGCUGCAUCGAAAGGCAAUAUAGUUAUUGUAAAAUUGCUCAUAGGUUCUGGAAAAUUAAUCAUAGGUAGUCCAGAUAGUCAAGAUGCUGAUGGCAAUAGUGCAUUACAUUUGGCAUGUGAGGAAGAUCGCAUUGAUGUAGCAAAGCUGUUAGUAGCAAAUGGUGCUAAUAUUUCAUUAACGAAUAAACAAAAGAAAACUCCUUUGGAUCUCGCAACUCCAGGACUAAUGCGGAUAUCUGUUUUAACUGGACACAAUGGAAUGUCUCAUAAAAAAUUGAAAGUAUAA